AUGCGUAACACAAGUAACAUAAAACUGUGCACAGUAUGCGCAUCAAAUAACAAUAGAUCUAUGGAAUCACAUCGAGUACUAAAGGAAGCAGGUUAUGAGGUUUCGUCUUACGGCACAGGUUCUGCAGUCAGACUACCGGGUCUUUCUAUAGAUAAACCCAAUGUCUACCCAUUUGGAACCCCUUAUAACGAUAUAUAUAAUGACUUACUAUCGCAAUCUUCCGAACGGUACAAAUCGAACGGGCUUCUAGAGAUGCUCGACCGGAAUCGGAAGAUCAAGAAGGCCCCUGAAAAGUGGCACGAUAGUCAAAAGGUAUUUGACUUUGUAUUUACAUGUGAAGAGCGAUGCUUCGAUUCUGUAUGCGAGGAUCUUAUGAACCGUGGUGGACAGCUUAACAAAAUUGUUCAUGUGAUAAACCUCGACAUUAGGGAUGAUAACGAAAAUGCGAAGAUAGGAGGAAAGGCAAUGCUAGAGUUAGUCGAUACACUGAGUGCGAAAGUCAAACAAUGUGAGGAGGAAGGCGUCCCUUUUGAGGAUAAUAUUAUGCAUAUCGUUACUAAGUGGCAGGAAAGUCAUCCCCAACUCCCGAUAUUGUAUUCACCUGCCUUCUACUAG